GAGAGAGAUUUGGCUUAAUCUGUGAUGUAAAUUUAGUUGUGUGUUUCUGGCUUGACCAUCAUUGCUGAGCUGUGAGAAGUUGUCAGCCAUUUUGUGUGUAUUGAGUCAGUAAUAUUGAAGUUGAAUGCUAGUAUGUUAGUCGGCCAUGCUGUUACAGAUGGUUUUCUAUUUGUCUGAGUAGGGAAAAACCUCAGUGGCUUCAGAUGUGAAUUGGUGUAUUAAGGAUGUUUAGGGAAUUUUUUUUUCUUUAUUUUCUGUGCACAUGGCUUUUAUUCAAUUAGCAUGACAUUUUCAUAUGCUAAUCUUAUACUAAUGUUGCAGAGGCUAAAGGUUGGCUGCGUUAGCCUGCUAGCCAUUAGCCUUUGUCCCAGGUUGUGACUGAGAGACUGCACUGCAUGUAAUUGUCUGUCUAUAGUGUGUGUGUGAUUUAGUGUAAUCUGUGAUGUAGAUUCAGUUGUGUGUUUCUAGCUUGUCCACCAUCGCUGAGCUGGGAGAAGUUGUGUUGGCUGUUUUCUGUAUAUUUAGUCAGCAAUUUUUUAAAUGGGAUGAUAGUUUGUUAGUUAGCCAUGCAAUUAAAGAAGGUUGUCUUGUUUGUGUGAAGGAGGAAUUAUUUUUCAGUAGCUUGAGAUGUGAAUUGGUGUAUUAAGGAUUUUUAGGGUGAAUUGUUUUUUCUGUAUAUCCUGUGCUUAUGGCUUUUAUUCAAUUCACGUGACAUGCUCAUAUGCUAAUGUUGUAGAUGCUGAAGGUUGGCUGAGUUACCUUUUGUGCCAGGUUGUGACUGCGGGACUGCAUUGUGUCAUCAGUCCACACUCCAAAUGACAUUCAAAAUCAUGCAGGAAAAACAAAACAUGUCGUUUUAAUUUCCCAAAACCUGUUUCUGCAAGGACUUUUAUUUGUUAAUUAGAAAUGAAAAAAUGCAAAUGUGAUCAGAAGGCGAAGGAGACUGAGAACAAUCCUGAUUCAAAGAACAAGCCAGUAUGUAAGUGUUUCGAUGAUGAUUUGAUGCUGAAAGAGAGGGCACAGUAUAUUCUGAAAUAUGUUAAGACAGCUGUUAAGAGAGCUGAUGAAGUGAGUUAUGCGAGUGUACAGCAGUUGUUUCAGACUCUGGGCAUCAAUCAGGAGAUCUUUGAAGAGGCUUAUAGGAGAAUGGAAAGAAAGACCAAGGUGGUUUAUAGGAGAGGGGUGAACAAGGUUUGGGUGAACCAGUAUCUGAUCUUUAAGUCGUGAUGUACCACCUUUUCAAAAUACUAUUUCUGGGUCAAAGCCUCAUCGUUUCAAUAUGCCGCAGUGCUGUGUUCCUUGUUCAAACAGAAUGACAAUGGGAUUAGAGAGUCAAAAAAAUGAUCCCAUUGUCAUUCUACUGCUUUCCUAGCGACCAGAAAGAGAGGAAAUGGCUGCAGUUGAUAAGGCAUGAAAACUUCCCACCCAACUGCAACUCAAGGUUGUGCAGUUGGCAUUUCCCAGAUGGCAAAGCUGCUGGGCCAUCGCGUUUUGCAUGGAAUGAAAGGAAGACUUUCCAGCUCCCUGACCACCUCAGCCAUACCCCUAAACGGAGGAAAGAAAUGGUUCCUACCAGUGGUGAAGAUGAAGCAACUGAUCAACCAACACCUGCACAGACCCCUUGUACUUCCCAAAGUCUUGUGGUUCUUGAGAUAGAGAAUGACAUGCUGAGAAGAGAGAAUGAGAAAUUGAGAAAACAAUUGGACAAACAAAAGCAAACUUUCUCCUUCAGCCAAAUUUCCUCCAAUCCUGACAGAGUCCAGUAUUUCACCGGAUUGCCCGAUGCUGCCACCGUUUUGUUUUUGGAAGCACUUCUUUCUAAAUUUGAGUUAUAAUAUCAUUCUAAUUGGACUGUCCAAAUUAUGCCCCUAGUAGAUCAGCUGCUCCUGACAUUAAUGAAAUUCAAACUUAAUUGCGGUCACAUAGACCUUGUGACAAGGUUUAAUUGUAGCACAGCCACAGUAACAAACAUCUUUACUACCAUUAUUAGUGCGCUGUAUGACAUUUUGUAUGUUGGCAUGUUUGAGAACAACAUUCCCUCAAAAGCCAAGAACCAAACAUCACUGCCAGACUGCUUCUGGUCCUUUCCCCAAAUCUCUUGGAUAGUGCUUGACUGCACUGAGGUUGCAGUCUCUAACCCCGGGAUUCCCCCGGGCGCGUGUCCACCGCGUUCUGGCUCCGACGUGGUUUUGCUCCGUCCCAUGCAAAGCGCCCUGUCCCACCGGGCGCGUCAUGGAAGUGAAGCGCCACCGUGCGAGGCAGCUAUCCACGAGCUCACGCGAGUACUACAAGAUCACACGGGAACCGCAAAAUCACGUGAUAAUCUUGAUGAUCUUGAUUAUGAGGACAACAAGCAAACAGUAGGUUACUUUGCCUGUACAACGUUAUGGACUGCAGUUGAUUUGGUCAUUUUCCUUGGUUUUUGUAUUUCUACCAUGGGUAAGUAGGCUACACAUUUAAAUUGUUUCUUUUUUGUAUUGUUUAUUCAUGUUAAUUGUCAUUAUUGUGUAAUUGUUAUUGUCCUACUUUGUUGUGUUGUAACCUGAAGACCAAGUUAAUACUAUUAAAAGACCAGUUACGAACGACAUAGAUCAAAGAUUUGUGGCUGUUAGAAUACAAUGAAAUGCAUUCAUCCUCAUAAUUAUUUUGGGCCCCAUGGGAAAAGAGGUCCUGCCACUCUGUGGAGCCUCUUCAACAAUUAACAUUAGUAUAGGAAAGCUAGAGACUGCAAGUGGAAGCACCUCCCCUGCAGCAGACUCCAUUUGAACAGCAUUUACACUGGGUAGUUGGUAUAACAUUUUAAUACCAUAGCUAAGUGAAGUUUUGCAAAUGCUUUUCUGUUUUCAGAGAGGUAAAACAUAAGUAACAAAUGGUUAAAAUUAGACAUACUCUUGAAGUUUAGAGAAACUAACUGAACAGCAUCUGUACAGUGUGAAAUUAUUUCUUAAAAUAGCAAAUAAUGUUUCACAGGCCUUGUCCUAUAAAAUGCAAGGUUACUGAACAUUUUUUAAUGGGUUUUCAAGAAGGAUAACUAAAUGGCUCUUUGCAAGUACUUGACUGUACAAGGCACAUCCAUUCAGAAAAAUGAACGGGAAAAAUCACCUAUUUAUAAGCUAAUUAGUAGUUUAUACUCACCAUCCACUCCCAGAACUCCUCCAAUUAAAUUCCAUGCCUUGUCCUUUCUGGCAUUGUCCUUUAUAAAAAGGAUCUGUGAUGUCAUAUAAAAUCUUGUGUUUUUCCACUUCCAAAAUGAAUCUCUUGUCAUCCAUGGUGUCAAAUACGCUCUGACUGAUUGACUUCUGGCCUGUUGCCAUCGGUGAUGACGUAAUGUUGAUGUAUGGGUGUUAUAUAUGAUCGGGAGUCGGCACAUGAUGUUUUAUUUUGAAAAUUGACCGGAUGCUCUAUGCUGUGACUUCCUGCCAGGCUCAAUCUGCUCUGUGCUGCUUGACGCAGCCUCCAUCAAAAAUAGACGUGGCGCCUAUCUUUAGCGCAGCGGAGUGGAGAGAUGCCUCUGACACGCGCCCGGUGGAAUCGGAUACAUUGACUAGAGUGGCCGCGAUCAGCUCCAGCAGCCGCGUCGGAGCUGGAACGUGGCGUUCACGCACCUGGUGGAAUUUAGGGGUAACAGAGAGCCUGGACACACAGAGCCAUUUGUACAGCCAGUACAAAGGACGGACCACCCUGAAGGCUCUAAUUGGUGUGGCUCCCAAUGGAGUAAUUACCGUCGCCAGUGACCUGUACGGUGGGAGUGCCUCAGACAAGGCCAUAACAGCUGACUGUGGACUUCUCCAGCAUCUACAGCCAGAUGAUAUGGUCAUGGCAGACAAGGGCUUCACAAUACGGGACAUUUUGCCAGAGGGAGUUCUGCUGAACAUUCCGUCUUUCCUCGUCAAUGGACAGUUCACACAGGAGGAAAUGAACAAUAACAGGUUAAUCUCUCGUGCAAGGAUACAUGUGGAGCGUUCCAUUCAGAGGCUGAAAUUGUACAGCACCACAUCCCACACCAGUUCAGGAAAAACAUUAACAAGAUACUGAAAGUAUGUGUGUGUGUGUGUGUGUGUCUUACAAAUUUGCAAACACCCAUUCUCUGCGAAAUUGAAUGAAUGAUUGUCAAUGUGUUUAAAAAAUGUGGAGGACUGUUUCCCAGUGGCCAUAAGGAUUUGUUACAUGUAUAUAAGGGCAUGAUUUGAAUAGCUUAUUGACAUGAAAUGAAGACCAUUGAGAUAAAUGUAUAUUCUUGUAAACUGAAAAAAAAACCCUGUUCUUUUAACUGAUGUUUGUUUGCUUGCAGAAGUUUAAAUAAAAAAUGUAGUUAGACUGUAUAAGGAUUUGUUACAUGUAUAUAAGGAUUUUGACAUGAUUUGAAUAGCUUAUUGACAUGAAAUGAAGACCAUUGAGAUAAAUGUAUAUUCUUGUAAACUG